AUUGAAUUAACGGAUAUCCGGAUCGUUAAGUAUUUUUAUUGGAUGUUUCGAUUUGAGCAUCCAUAUACUAAGGAUGGUAUUUUAAUUGACUAUUAUUAUCUUGCUGGUGGGCUUGGAAGACUUGUAAUUGCCCUUUUUAAUUUGUAUUCUUUCUGA